AUGGACUACUUGACUACUUUAAACGCAGACAAUCCAGAAUUGGCAACUAAGCCCAUUCAUCCAAAGUUGACUUGGACAGACCCAGUUCAAUAUUGGGAUUUCCAUGUAUACUAUGACGAGAGAACGCGAGACGAAGCCAAUGCGUUGAAACAGAAGUUAUUGGACGAUUUUCCCGAACAGGCGAAGGAAGGAUCGAUUAUAGUUAAACAGUUGAAAGUGGAGGAGCCAAUUGGCCCACACUACGAUCUAUUUUGGGAAGUAGACGUUGCGAGAGUGGACGUGUUUGCCAAAGUGCUCAGUUGGUUCUCUUUAAACCAUGGCACCUUAUCUGUAUUAGUACAUCCGCAGACAGGGUGGGACCUUUUGGAUCACACAAAGCAUGCUCUUUGGUUGGGCGAGAAGAAGCCGAUUAAAACGUUUAUUUUUCCUACCCAUCGAAUUGAGGUUGCUGAGUUUGGUGUGCCACGAGUGCCUCAGCCAGACGAUAAAAGCUGA